CAGGCUUCGACUGGUUGCACACACGUGUCCAGGAUCACUCCUCGGUAAAACUGCCUCCAAAUUCAGAAUCUGCCGGCACCUUUGCACACGCCCCUCGCCCCUGGACAGUGAGGCUAGAACUACAAUUCCCGUGGAGCUGUGCGGCAGUCUCGCGAGAGUAGGCUCAAAAGCGGCGGCGGGAAGGUGGCGGCCUCGGCUACGGCAGCGGUUGGGAGCCGGGCGGACUGCCGGGAGGAUGGCGGACAGCGACAUCUCCGACAAUGAGCCUACGACGCGAACGCUGCUGCGGCGCGUGCUGGAUACCGAGGCCCCGCGCACUCCGCGGCGACGCCAGAGCACUCGGGCCGGGGUCCAGAGAACCCCGCUGGGAACACCUUUCUCUAUGAGGCUGAGGAGUCAAACAAAGACAACUGCCGGGCGGCAGCCCCACAGAGCCAGGUCUAUUGGCAGAUUGGCCCACACUCAAACCAGGGGACAGCUGAAGGAACAGACACCCCGGACUCUGCUUGAGAAUAUCCUGUUAACCGCCCCGGAAUCUUCCAUGGUCAUGCCAGAGUCAGUGGUGAAGCCAGUGCCAGCACCGCAGGGGGUCCAGUUCUCCAGGCGGGAAAGCAGUCCUGGCAGUCUGGAACUGCAACUUCCUGAGCUCAACGCCCCCGCAACCUUGGCUCCAGGUCGGUUGACUUCUGGCAGGAGGAAGAAGAGGCUGAGAUUGUCAGAGUUUCAGCAAGGAAUGGACCAGGGGCUGCCUCUCUCCCAAGGUCCUGUUACAGAGCCUCCUGGGAAUACUGGUGCCUCCUCCCUCAGCAGCUCCCUCAACCUGACCUUUGCCACGCCUCUCCUGCCACAAUCAGUGCAGAGGCCUGGCUUGGCCCGUAGACCUCUUACACGCCGAGCUGUCGAUGUGGGUAUAUUUUUGCAGGAUCUGCAAGAUACUUCUGUGGCCACGGCUCUUCCAGGUGACAGAACCCCUGUUGCUACCCUGCCAACGGACACCGUGCUGGAGGACACCCAGCCUUUCUCCCAGCCUUUGAUUGGCUGUUCCCCCAGUGUGCACCACUCCAUCCCCUCCCCCUCUCUCUCUGCUGAGAGGACUGUCAGUCGCAGGACAUGGAGCAGUGGGCCUGGGCUGCAGAACAACAGUCCUAGGAAACCAGCCCAGCUUCUGGCUGGAAAGGCAGAGGAGGUUGACGCCCUUGCUAUGGGCUUCCCGAACACCAGCAGUAGUACCUCUGGAGAAGAUGGACUAGAGCCCUUAUUGGGUGGAGUUGGUGAGGAGGUAGAGGAAAGAAUGGAAGAAAGCAUGAGCUUGAGUGAAGUGAAGGAAGCAGCAGGAGCACAAGCAUCUGCCAGAGCAGAAGAGCCUGAGGCACACACAGAAGUGGCAGAAGCAGAAGGAUCCUGGGGGGCUACUGAGGAAAAGGAGCCAGAAGGAUCUUCAGGGGAUAAGGACACUGAAGGUAGGACAGCAAGGCCAGAGUUGGCCUCCAGCACCCCGGAGUUUCCUCAGGCCAGGCAACUGGAGUUCCUUGAGCCAGCCCCACCGACUAGCACUGCAGUGGGCCUCUUCAGGCAGCAGAUCAUUCCUGCCCCCAGCUUAUCUUCAGAGCCUCUGGAGCCUCUAUCAGCCAGGCUUCCUACCCGGGUCCAAACUGCUGGCCCCAGACUCCGACAAGAUCCUUAUAAGAUGGGACUGAGCCACUAUGCUAAGCUCUUUAGCUUCUAUGCUAAAAUGCCCAUGGAGAAGAAGGCUCUUGAGAUGGUGGAGAAAUGCCUGGACAAGUAUUUCCAACGUCUUUGCGAUGACCUGGAUGUAUUUGCUGCUCACGCUGGCCGCAAGACUGUGAGGCUAGAGGACCUGGAGCUGCUGAUGCGACGGCAGGGCCUGGUCACUGACCGAGUCUCCCUGCAUGUGCUUGUGGAGCAGCACCUGCCCCUGGAGUACCGGCAGCUCCUCAUCCCUUGUGCAUUCAGUGGCAAUACCGUCUUCCCUGCCCAGUAGUGGUCAGACUUCAACACCUGCCCUGUCCCCACCAGGGGCCCCUUGGCCCCACAUGCUCUUCCAGGUCUCCUCACCAUGCCUCACCAUCAAUAAAGUGUCAUGCGCUGGCCGGUUUUCUCAGUAGAGUGUCGACCCAUGGAGGAUUUGCACUUACCUCCCUUGCAGGUUCCCUAGCCUCGGUAGGGGCGUGUGCAGGAGGCAACCAAUUGAUGUGUCUUUGUCACGUUGGUGUUUAUCUCUCUCCCCCUCCUCCCUCCCUUCCACACUCUAGAAAUCAAUGGAAAAAAGAU